AUGCAACCCAAUACUAUCCAACUAACCACAACCUUCAAUAACAAGGCUUUCAUUCCCUCACCAACAACAACUACCUAUUCCACAUCCUUUCCAUCUCAUCACUUCAUUCUUCCAUUCGAAGAAGUUUAUCUACUCAGCAGUUCGAGUGUUUCGAGUUGUGAUGUGGAGGCUAUUGAAUCAUUGUUUUGUUUACGAGAAUCUACUUGCAAAGAAGAGAAUGUGCCAAUUUAUCAGCCACAGGUUUCGUCUGUAGUUUCACAAGUUUCGUCCAAUGCCAAAGAUGUCAUUUCAAGUAAGAGGAAAGGAGGCUGGAACGUCAUAACAACAACCUCUCCAAAGAAGAAUGAAAAUCCAAAUAGUGGUAAAAGGAAAAGAAAAGAAACAAAUUAUACCAUUAUUGAAAUUCCACCACGUAAAACUCUCAAGGAAUCUUCCAUCGAAGAAUAUUUGCAAAAGGCUAAACAAUUAAUCACACUCUCGGAAGACGAAAUCUAUUCGAAACUCUUCUUUGAUUUCCACACUAUUAGAAAUGAAGUAGCCAACAUGAUUUUGAAUAAGAAUUCCGAACCUCUCAUGACCAUGUUUCGAACCAAUGCCACCAAGAAGAAUCUCAUUCGAAUGAUUUAUGCUGUCAAAGUUGCUUCAGAGGAAGAACGAAACGAAACUUCCAUUAGAUUUGGACGAAACUUGGCCAGAUAUCCAAUUCUUGCUUUGGUUAUUACUAGUAUGAGACCGUUUAGGGCAGUUUCUUCCAAUGAGAUUACAAGAAUUGCAAAAUCUAUUGGUCUGACGAAAUCAUCCAAGUUUCCACAAAUUUUAGACGAAAUGAUGAAUCCUCCGAAACCACCAAGAAAAUUAAGAAAAAGACAAGUGGCACAUGUUGUUGACAGUCAUACGUUGGAUAUUACCUAUCCAGUUCUGAAUCAACAGUUACAACCAUUGGAAAUAAGUCGCGUCCAAGUUGUUGAUGAAAGUUGUUGUGUGGAAAGUUUGAAAGUUGAUGUGGAAACAAUUGUUAGACCAAUAAGUGGAGAAGGAAGAGGAGAAUGUAGUUUGAUACUUGAUGAUGAAGAUGCUACAAAAUCGUAUUGUAGUUGGUUGUUGAAUUUGACGAAUCCUUUCGUACAAUAA